CCUCGCUUUACCUGCUCCUGGCUCGGUCUUUAGUGGAGAGCCAUAGAAAGGCAGCGUCAGCCGGCCCCUCUUAAGGAGGAUGAAACAGAAGCGGAGCAACACCUUAAAACCUAUUCCGGGAUAAGGUCCCAUGAAUUAGACCUCGCUUAUGCUGAGAUUAGAAACUACAAACAACUCUGACUUUCUUUUGUGUCUGAAGUUCUCUCUAGCAAGUUCAGCCACGCAUGUGAGCACAGAAUAACCAUCUACUGAGAAAUGCAGACUGAAGCCUCUAAAGUUAUAUGUGUGGUCGUUCCAGAGAAAGUUACUUUGAUACCUGAAGGUUCUUAACAUUCUCUGAAAUGCUGAGAAGGAAACUUCGUCACUGUCAUAUCCUACGCUUCAAGUUCCUUGUGGUGUUAGUUUUUACAGCAGGGGCUUUGUCCCUUAUCAAAAUUCAUCAGAAACCAGAUUAUCUGCAUCAUGAGAAUCUGGAUCUUGUAGGUGAAUACCCCAACUAUAAUGUAAACUGUUCCAAGAUAUUACAGGGUGAUCCAGAGGAAAUUCAGAAAGUAAAGCUGGAAUUGUUAACUGUGUCUUUUAGGAAAAGCCCUAAACUAACAACAAAUGAUUAUAUUAACAUGACAACUAAUUGUGCCUCUUUUAUAAAGAGACGAAAAUAUAUUAUGGAACCUCUGAGCAAAGAAGAAGAGGAAUUUCCACUUGCAUACUCAAUUGUGGUUUAUCACAAAAUUACUAUGCUUGAUAAACUUCUGAGAUCUAUAUAUGCUCCCCAAAACUACUACUGCAUUCAUGUGGAUAAGAAGUCCCCAGAAUCUUUCUUGGCUGCAGUGAAGGGGAUUGCUUCAUGUUUUGACAAUGUCUUCAUUGCUAGUCAGUUGGAGAGUGUAGUGUAUGCUUCAUGGAGCAGAGUGCAAGCAGACCUCAACUGCAUGAAAGAUCUCUACAGGAGGAGUACAAACUGGAAAUAUUUGAUCAACCUUUGUGGUAUGGAUUUUCCAAUCAAGACCAAUCAGGAAAUAGUAGAGAAGCUAAAAGCUCUCAAGGGUGAAAACAGCUUGGAAACAGAGAAGAUGCCUUCAUACAAGGAAAUCCGAUGGAAGAAGCAUUAUGAAAUUGUUGAUGGUAAAGUAAAGAAUAUGGGAAUAGACAAACAACACCCACCUAUCAGUACACCCAUCUUCUCUGGCAGUGCCUACUUUGUUAUAAGUAGGAGGUUUGUCGAAUAUGUAUUAGAAAACAGCAAAAUCCUUGCUUUCAUAGAAUGGGCUAAAGACACUUACAGUCCUGAUGAGUAUUUGUGGGCUACUAUCCAACGAAUCCCAGAAGUGCCUGGUGCUGUUUCUGCUAGUGAAAAAUAUGAUGUCUCUGAUAUGAAUGCUCUUGCCAGAUUUGUCAAGUGGCAUUACUUUGAGGGAGAUGUAUCUAAGGGUGCCCCAUAUCCACCCUGUAAUGGGAUUCAUGUACGUUCUGUGUGUGUGUUUGGAGUUGGAGACUUGAAUUGGAUGUUGCAAAAACACCACUUUUUUGCCAACAAGUUUGACAUUGACACUGAUCCCUUUGCAGUCCAGUGCUUGGAAGAGCAUUUAAGGAACAAAGCUCUGUAUCAACACAGACAUUAACAUGUUAAGUUUUUCAUGGUAUGAGUCCUCUCCCUCUGAGAAAUGAGAUCAAAAAGAACAUAUUAGCUGUUCAUUGAUAACAGUAAAGUGUGCCUGCCUUUUCACCUGGAUGGGUUUUUUUCAAAGAAUACAAAAGGUAGUUACUUGCUGUUGCUGUUUCACGUGCUUCCCGUUGACAGUCUACUCUCCCCUAACGAUUCCUAUCUCCAUUACUCCACUGUAGCAGAAUGUAAGCCUCAAGGUUGCAAGGUUAACAUGUUAUUAACCAGUCACUUAGUUUGCCUUAAUCAUAUUUGAUAUCCAUAUAAUCUUCACCCUAAUGUUGCCAAGACAUUUGUUUUCAUAAUGUAAAAUAUCGAUACUCAAUUGAAAAGUCACAAGAGAGAACCUCAGGUAAUGUCUAGCAAAACUUGGUAAUAAAUAAGAAAGGACAAAAGACCAAAAGCCACAGAUCUAUCAGACAGUUCUACAUUUCUGUUUUGCCUAAUUAAUUUAGAUGCAGAGAUACUUAAAUAUUUCUGAAUAUUCUAUUUGAUGGAUUUCACUACCAGUACAAACAGUCAUAUUUAGUCUACUUUAACCACCACCACCCCAAACCCUUUUGUGUAUCGUUCAUUGAAGGAUAAACUGUAUGUAUAGACUGUCUUCUGAAUCAAAGUUUGCAGCUGUUUCAGAGGAGACCCAAGUAGUCUGCCAAAUAAAUUUUUCUCAGGGAAUGUUGUUAGUACAAAUAAUUCAUUAUAUAUUGCAUUAUGACAUUUGUAUGCUACAUCAUAUUCUUUUCAGAGGUUUUCUUCCAUUGACUGGAGUGAGAUUCUGCCUUAGCAGUACUAGUCUUUGACUGUUGAAAACGCAUAACAAUAAACAGUUUCCUUCAA